UCAUGCAUUUGUUUCUGUGGUGAACUGAUGAAUCUGGUUUAAUGUGAGCUUGAUUUGACUCUCAAACAGCUGAUUGUUGUGAGAAGAGCAUCAGUCUCUCAGCUGCUGCAGGAGGAUCUGUGAACAUCAGCUGCAAAUACCCACAAUCCCACAGGACUGAUGUGAAGUUUGUCUGCAGGAGAUCUGGAUCUGAUCUCUGUGCUGAACAGACAACUGUGAUGAAGAGCAGAACAUGGACCGCUGCGGGACAGAUCCAGCUGUAUGAUGACAGACAGCAGCAGCUCCUGACGGGAUCCAUCAAUGUGACUCGACAACAUUCAGCUGAAUACUGGUGUGGAGUUCAGUCUGGUGAAGGACACAAGAGCUUCAUCACACGAGUCCUCAUCAGCGUUACAGAAACAGCUGUACCACCACCAUCAUUAUCAUCAUCAUCAUCAUCAACACCAUCAUCAUCAUCAUCAGCAGGUUUAUCUCUGAUCAUUCCUCUGGUUCUGGUUCUUCUGCUUCUGAUCAUCGUUUGUCUCUUAGUACUGUUUUUUUCCUGUAAGAAGCAUCAGUCUCGAGGCGGUAAAUCGUCAUCUCAGGCUGGAGCAGCAAAACAUGGAGUGGUUUCUCACACUGGUUGUGAUUAUGAAGAGAUUGAAGACACUCACAAACAAUUACCCACAAACCCUUCUGAUUCUUCUAACACUGUUUAUGCCACUGCUCAAUUACCCACAAACCCCUCUGAUUCUUCUAACACCGUUUAUGCCACUGCUCAAUUACCCACAAACCCCUCUGAUUCUUCUAACACUGUUUACACUACAGCUCAGAAAGCCACUGGUGACUCUCAGAUCUUGAUCACAUCUGCUGAGGAUCUGAAUUACAGCGUGGUGAAUUUCCACAAGAAAGCAGACUGUCCUGACAGUGUCAGAUUGAGGAAUAAUCAGGAUUACAGUGAAUACGCGGCUGUCAAUCAUCUCACUGCCUGACGAGCCACAGCAGAGGAUGUCAAUGAACUAAAAGAUUUUUGUUAUUUUUGUGGUUUACCCUUGAGUUUUUGGUCAGUGUUUGAUGUAAAUAAGUACUGAAUAUUAAAGCAGAAUAUGCAGCUGUGAUCAGUUAGUUUGGUUAACGUUAAACUACACGCCUGGUCACCAGCGGUUCUUAUUAAACUUUUAUUAAGUCUCAGUGUAUAAAAGCUCACAAACUUUUACACAUGCAGCAACUAUUGCUUUUUUCUCAGUGCUCAUUUUAAAAGCUUGAUAACUUAGAAAAGAAAUGUUAAUAUCUAAUAUUUAAUAUACCAAAUAUGAUAUGAAUGGACUAUGUCAAGUCACCUUUAUUUAUAUAGCGCUUUUAACAAUGCAGAUUGUGUCAGAGCACUUAACAGUAUCAAAUUGGAGGAUAGAGUGUCAGUAAUAUAUAAUGAUAAGAUUAAACACUCAAUUUUCAGUUAAAGGCAUUUCAUUAUUGAAUUCAGAGAUGUCAUUGUCUAGCUCAGUUUAGUUUAAAUAUUAUCUGUGCAAUCAAAUCAGCGAUAAUCGCUAGAAAUUAAGUGUCCCCAACUGAGCAAGCCAGAGGCGACAGCGGCAAGGAACCAAAACUCCCUCUGUGACAGAAUGGAGAAAAAAACCUUGGGAGAAACCAGACUCAGUCGGGGGGCCAGUUCUCCUCUGACCAGACGAAACCCGCAGUUCAAAAGUUUAUAUUUCUAUUUUAAUUUUGUUGCAAUUUCUAACAAUAGUAGUAUUAUGUAGUUAGGUACCGUAUUGACCCGAAUAUAAGACAAUGUUUUUUUCUUGGAAAUACAUCUGAAAAAACGCGGUCGUCUUAUAUUUGGGGUCUAGACUUUGACAUGUCAGUAAUAAUUUUUUUUUUUUUUUUUUUUCUUUUCUUAAAGAUUGCGCCGCAGAUGGCAGCCAUGGUUUGUCGGUGCUUGGUACUUGUUCUUUUUUUGUUUGUUUGUCCUGUCUUAAGCAACUUUUUCCCGAUCAGCUUUACUAGAAACGAACUCCUGGACAUCAGAAACGGCACACCAAAUAACUUUCUGCCUACAUUUGAGCAUUCAGACCUUUUACUGGACAUUUUAAUCGGAGGAGCUGCGUUCCUAUACAAGCGCUCCAGGCGACCCAGGCGAGGGAAGCGCGCCGGCGCGCUCGUGAAACUCCGACAGCGGGGGUUUAGGACUCCACUGCCGAGCAUUCAUCUGGCGAAUCUCCGCUCCCUGGCAAAUAAAUCAGACGAACUACA